UUAUUACCUCUUCUCGGGUGGAUGAAAUGUUGAUGGUACUCUGACAACAGUGCUGGUAAUCAUCUUCUGUGGUCUGUUUCUUUGGGGGUGCAAAGUCAGCAGAGAGAAAGUAAGUAUUCCUGUGUGCUUGUGGGUGCCUGCAUAUUUCAACUUACAGAGAAGGGUUUUUUUGUCAAGUGUUCCAGCCCCUAACUACAGUUACCAUUUACAGUCUCACAGAGUGAGAGUUAGUGUCAUAGGACAGAGCCAAAAUGUUGGAUGACAUCAAGAAGCGGUUUGAAUUUCCUAAUGCAUUUAUUCAGUCACAGGCAGUGGGUCAUCUGAUUGCUGUAAUAUUGAAAGAAAAUGUUUCUUCAGAGAAGAUCAGACAGGCGUCUGACCAGACUCCUGCUCUGAACUUGCUUUGGGAGAAGUGCUGCAGUGAGAAUGCUGCCUUGCGAACAGCCUGCUCUGAGGGGUUGGUGGCACUUGUUGAAGAGAAACAUGCUGAGCUCAACUAUGUUCUUCAUGGAGCUCUCAACCUAAUUCCCUCAGCAAGGAAUGUGCACGGUUUAGUAAGAACUAUUUGGAAACUACUACAAAUUCAAGCUAUUCAACUGGGAAAAGGUGGAGAUGAGGCUGUUUGGAAUCUGUAUGGAAUCAGGAACGCUCCUCAUCCAUUAAUCAGUGUCCUUGAAAACAGACCUGAUUGCUGGCCAGUUCUACUGCAGCAGAUAACAGUAUUUUUCCAUCAGUGUCCAGAGAGGGCACAGAGUUCAUGUGUUGGCUUAAUGGCUCCAUUUCUAAGAUACCUGUAUUGCGAACCAUCUCAGUUACGGGAAUAUGCUGAACUGCGAAUGGGUUUACUUAAGAUCUUGCUUCAGCCUCGUGGUCCAAAGCACAAAGAAGCACCCUCCGUGCUGGAAUGCCAGAUUCUUCAACUUGUGUGUGAUUUGAUUCCACACCUUCAGCUUAAAGACUUACUGCAAGUUACAGAAGCCUUGUUUUUUCUGCAAGAGCUAUUCCUCAGCCUACUGCGCUAUCCUGUGUUUUGGAAAGUUCAGUUAUCCCAGUUUUGUCUGCAACUGUUAUGCUUCUGUGAAGUGUGUUUAAAUGCAACGGGAGAAUGCUCAUCUUUGAUCUCCUUAAUGGAAGACAACUUUGAGCUCUUAAAAGAGGUGUUUCCAGUGGAACAAUGUAUAGUUGGGCUAGCGCUUCUACUGUUGCAAACACCAGAAAGUCAGCAAAAAUCUGUCUUGAGUCUAGCCUACAAGCUCCUUUGCUGUUCAGAAACCCAGAAUAUCUCAACUACAGCCCUUACUUUGGUGAUGCCUGUGCUGCAGAUCUUAUCUUCUACAGCAGUUGGGGACUGCCUAUCAGAUGAUAAUUCUGGAACGACCAGGCAGCAGCUGGCUGUAAAUCUUUUGGGAAUAUUACAGGAGGAAGGUGUGAAGGAUAAAAAGGAAUUGCUACCAUUCUUUCUCCUUUGGCUGAAGAGAGUUACAGACCACGUGUCCUUCAAACUCCUUUUCCCCAUAACCAGCUCUUACAGCUCGUUGUAUACAACCUGGAAGAUCAUAGAGCUCAUGAAAGAGAAGUCUGCGGUUACUAACUGGUUAUCUUCAGUGAAAUCACUGCUGCCUGUUACAACUCGAGUCCCUGCCCAUGUUUUUCUGCUGCUGGCUUACCUACUGAUCCAAGAAAAUGGAGACAUUCUUCGUGAUGUACUCCAGGCUACUACGGAAAUAGCCAAGGCUGAUUGUUCUCUGGUCCCAAAUCUGAUCCCAGUUCUGAUAUUUAAAUUGGGAAGACCUUUGGAGCCUGCACUUUACAGGGAUAUAUUGUAUACACUGCCUACAUUGGGUGUACACAAGGUUUGUGUAGCUCAGAUUCUACAUGCCAUACACAUACUGGGGAGCACGCCAAAGCUUAGAGCAAUCACUUUGCGGCUGAUGACAUCCUUAUGGGAAAGACAGGAUCGAAUUUACCCAGAAUUGCAGAAGUUCUUGGCGAUGUCUGAUAUGCCCUCGUUGUCUGUUGACAAAGAUACUCAAUGGGAAAAAAUGAUUGCUAAAGCUGCUUGUAUAAGAGAUAUAUGUAGGCAGAGGCCAUACCAGCAUGGAGCAGACAUGUUGGCUGCAAUUUGCCAGGUAUUAAAUGAAUGCACAAAACCUGAUCAAGCUUCACCCGCUGCCAUAGUAUUACAGGGUCUUCACGCACUUUGUGAGGCUGAGGUUGUUUGCAUCCGUUCUGCAUGGAAUUCUCUGUCACCAAAGUUGAGCUGUGAUACAAGACCCCUCAUUUUAAAAGCACUGAAUGAAUUGUUUGCCCUGGUUCCCUCAUUAACAGUGAAUACAAACGAAUACGAGAAAUUCAAAGCUCAAGUUAUCAGCUUCCUUUGGAAAAACACACAAAACAAGGAUGCCGUUGUAGCCAUUUCGGCCUAUAGAUCACUCUCAUCGUUCGGCUCUGAAGAACAUACAAUUCUUCAUCUUCCUGAACAGGCACGACCAGAAGUUGACUCACUGGAGGAGGCAGACAUGAAUGAAGAUGAAGAAGAGGAAAAGGAGGCAGAUCUUUUUGUUCCGGGUUCUUCAUAUAUCAAGGUGUUAUCUCUAACACCAGCUUCUGUUUUAGGAGCAUUUGAAGAGUUUGCAGCAUCCCUUGUGAAACAGGAGAUGACCAACAUGCCGCGUGGUGUGUAUCAUUCAGCCUUGAGAGGAGGGACCACACACUCAGACCAGGGGAAGACCAUGGCAAGUGUUCCAAACUUCUUGCUGAAAAUGUAUGAGAGGAACAAACAACCAGGCAUGACGCCAGGCCUUGCAGCUGGCAUGUUGUUGUGUUACGACCUUCCAGUCCAUAUGGGCAAAGAUGGCAAGCCUAUAAAUCGAUUUCUGGCCAGCAGGGGACGCAAUUUCCAGCAAAUGUUGGUAGCCCUCAUUCAUGAGGUUAACAUUCAACCUUCUGAAUGGCACCGCUCCAUACUGCUGCCACAGUCCUGGUUAGGAUUUAUGAGUCGAACCUACAGAGCAGUCCUGCAGGGGAGGCAGGCAGAACUGGAGAUGCAGUUAAAACAUGGAAAAGAGGAUCCUGAAGAGGUGCAGUACAAACAAUUUACAGCCUGGCUGUGGGUCAGAGAUAUGUUGACUGAUGUCAUCAAAGGUGCUUCCAAAGACAGCCCAGUGGUGAAAGGAAACUCUAUUUUUGCCUUAACUGGUCUUGCAGUUGCUGUAGCCAAAUACGAAAGCAGCCUUUCAUCAGACACUGAAGCAAUGCCUGAGACUGAACCUGAUUUUCUUCCCACAAAACACUGGAUUUCUAUGGUCACAGAGACCCUUUUUAGUAUUGUGAAUAGCCGCUAUCACCCUAAAGGUCAAGUCUUCACAUGGUUCUACCAGAAGUCCUAUUCAGGUGAAAAUACUGCUGGUAUUAUAGCUCGUUCCUGUGCAGCCACUGCUUUGUCUCUCCUGGUGCCAGUUUUCACUGUAUCAUGCAAGGAGAAGAUUGAGGAGGUCCUGAAUAUGCUGACUGACAGGUUACCUGGGAAACCAAAUGCUGAUGAGUCUCAAGCUGUUCAAAUCCACAUGGGCCUUGGUUUGGGGAUGUUUAUCUCACGUUUGUAUGAAGAAAAAGUCAGUGAUGUACCUGGUCAACAGAUGAACUUAGUUCUAAUGAAGUCCCUGGAUGCACUAGAAGACUGCUGCUUUGACACCAGUCUGGAGUACAACACUGGAUGUAUUUUGGGAGUAGGACUUGUUCUUUCACUUAUGAGUCACAGUAGCCAAACAGAAUCACGAGUGCAUGUUUCCACUUCAUUUCAAAAACUCUGCAAAUACCUGGACAGCAGUGAGGACCAAAGCAGAUGGGUCCAGGAGGUACUUGCCUAUUCUGUGGCCUGUUCCUGUGUCUCUGCUUUCAGUGUUGGAAUCAUAGAAGCAGCUGAGGCUGAGGAGGCCAUGAACAAGCUACGGACCUUAGUGGAAAAUAAUCAGCAGACCCACGGUUUUGCUUUAGCUCUAGGCGCAAUAGUACAUGGAUUGUCAGCUUGUGGUCAUGGGAAAGCCGAAGACCUGAGUAACAGACUAAUGCCAACCUGGAUAAAAAUUGUGCUUGCAGAGGGUUCUCCAACAAUGCACCGUCUGGCUGCUGUCAAUGGGCUGGUUGCACUGGUGGGCUCUGAAGGAGGCAUGAUAGAGCUGAAAUCUGAGAGCAUUCAGUCCUCUCAGUUUCAAAGUAAGCUGAAUGAAGUUAUCAGAACCCUUACACAGAUAAUCAGUUUUUCAGGGCAGGUUGGCCUUCAGACAAAUGCAGCCGGACUUUUGGGACGCCUUCAUAUGUCCUGUUUGUCUUCUACCCGAAACAGGGCAUCUGUUCCUCCAGAUUUUAGCUACUUGCCUGAAACCAGCUUUAUCAGGGCAGCCAUUGACUUUGCCAUUGAAAGUGGAAAGAAAGGCCCUGAAUCUGUCCCAGCUGAGCUGGUGAAAGUAGCACUGGCACCCAUUGCAUUAGUUGGAGAAAGCCAUCAGUAUCCAUCUGUAAACUGGGCAUCCAUUCUUUCUCCUUUGAUGAGGCUAAACUUUGGUGAUGAGGUAAAACAUCUCUGCCUUCAAUUGGCUGUGACACAGGCCCAGUCAUCUCAAAAUGCAGCAAUCCUUUUGGGGAUGUGGGUGGCACCUCCCCUUGUCUACAGUCUCAGUAUGAAAACCCAGAAAUACCUUUUCAUGUCCCUGCCUCUGUGGAUGAAACAUGUUGCAGAAGACAAACUACAGUCUUUUACAGAAGUGUUUCUGAUACAACAAUUCGAAGUGAAGAACCGCACCAAAAACCCAGAAAUUUGCCAGUGUGUUUUACAGGGGCUCAUGCAGGCAAUGAAACUUCCAAACCCUGCCCAGUACUGCUGGAGCUUUCUGUGCCAGGCUGUGGAGAAAGUAUUUGAGCUUCUACCAAAUGAGGUUCAGAGAGGUGAACUGGAGAUGUAUGUUGAUGUAGCAAAAUGUAUCUCAGAAAUGGCUGAUUCAGAGAUUGAUCACAUUUUCCAGAUCUCUAAGAACAAUAUAGAGAAGGCCACAUUCACGAAAGUGUAUUUAAUUUCUCAAGGCAGACUGCCUCUGAUGAACUUGAGUGCCGUGAUUGAUACUGUGGUGGGAUAUCACCAGAAAGAAAGUAUUUUAUGGAUGCUCUUGCAUGGUUUCUAUCAUGCUCGUAUUGUGAACCAUGAAAACACAGGAGUGCUGAAAAGAAUGGACUGGCUGCUAGACUUGAUGGGCUAUAUCAGAAAUCUAGCAUACCAGUCAACACCCUUACAAAAUGUCAAUCUUAAAGAGUGCAUAGAUUUCCUUCUGUGGCUGUUUGCAGCUUCUGUGGUGGCCUGGGCUGACCAUGGCGCACCAUUACUGCUUGGCCUUAGUGCUAACUGGUCACCAUGGAAGCACCAAAUGAUAUUACCAGAAUUAUCUGAGGAUCACAUUGGCAAGCACCCCACUGACAAGCUUGCUGUGCAAGAGACUCUCACUCUCCUUCCAAGCAGCAUUUCCCUUUUGCUGGCUAAAGAGGCUUGGAAAGAACAAACACAGAAGUUUAUUGAAUGGCUGAUCAAUAUGAUGGAAAGUCCUAAGGAAGCAUUAUCAGAAUCUUCCAUGGACCUGCUGAAAGUUACACUUCUGGCCUUGAGAUCUCUUGCAGAGUUCAAGAAGAAGGCAGUGUGGACUAAAGCAUAUGGGUGGUAGCUUCAUACUGUAUCUUGUCAAAUGAAGAAAACUGUUCAUACCUGAAAGCAUAAUAUUACAACUCAGGCAUCAAGAAGACCAAUUUCAAAGAGAUUUCCUAUCAGAAGGUUUUGGAUAUUUUUUUUUUUUUCAUCCUUUUAUCUCCUCCCAAAGACUCAUAAGAUGAACAACAGUGUUUUGUUUUUCACUGAUGGGGUGUUGUUCUUUUACAAACUACGUAGCAUGGUUUGGGCUGUACUGAAUCUAAAUGAGAAACACAUAUUCAGUGGUUUCAGUUGAGUUGUGUCAAUGACACCUGGAAGCCUCGAAAACUGGAGUGGAAUAUUUCUUUUAACUCAUGGAAGCUUUGUAGGAGUGGGUAAAAAAAAAAAGACUUGUAAAAUUUGUUUGGAUGUAGCCUAUUUACUAAAGUAUGUUUUAGUGUAACAGACUUCUGAAUGAGCAUUACUUUUUAACUGAUAACCCUUUUUUAGUAAUAACAUGAUGCUCUUGCGCAGUAGUGAGAACACAUUAAAGGUAUAUAAUGUGAGCAGGGUUUCUGAAAGGGGUGGUAUGCUUGUCAAUUUUGCAACAGCUUUAUCAACAUAAUUGAAAUAAGUCAACGAUCCUAAUGGCUGCUAUGUCCCCAGCUCCAGGAUGGUUUCAGUUUUCCUUCCACUUCUAACUGUUCUCAUCUCUUUUACCUUCCUUUGCACAUAAGCAGAGUUUUUCUCUGCCUCUAGGCAAAAAGGACAGACAACAUAGCAACUCUUUUCCACCUUUGCCAUCUUAAAUAGAUUACCCCCUGCCAUUUUCCUUAUUUAAUACUCUUCUCUUUCUGAAGGAAUAGAGAACUUUUCCACUUUGCAGUCUGGCUAAGACAGACUUUAAAAGGGGGUUUGUAUUUAGCAAUCCUCCUCACUAGAGUAGACAAAAACUAACUGAAUAUAAUUGCUUGGGCACUGGUCUGUAAUGUCUUCCAAAGCAGUACUAGUGAGAGCAUUGUUGAUUUUGACCACCUUGUGUGAAAUGUUAUUGCCCUACAUCUAGAAGCCACACCCUAUUGCAGGAAUUCUCUUAAUUUCAGGACUAAUAACAUCUCCUCUGCAGAAGAAAUUCUCCUCUGACUUCUUUAUGGGCUUUUCUCACGUAACAGGUUACAGUGAGCUUCCCACAGCGAUUAGACAUUUCUUCAGUGAUUAGGUGUGUGGAGGAUUAAUGCAGUACUUGUUUGUAUUUCCGAAAUAGUGUAUAAUAAUGGUAAUUUCCUGCUCUGUAUGCAGCUGUAUACUGAGAAGACAGUCUAAAGGUGAAUGUACAGAAGGAUUCACUGAAAGUGAUUGUCACUGAGUCAGUAUCUCAGUGCAUGACAUUUCCAUUUGUGUGCACUUCUAAGUAACCUCUAACAAAGCCAAAUAUGUCACAUGUUUAAUGGUGCCAUCUCUAGUGUACUGUUUCAAACUAACUUACACCUUUACUCAUCUGAGUUUGCAUAUGUAUUAGCAUUUUAAUUCAGAUGAAAAGUUUGCCUUUUUUUAAAGGGAAUCUCUGGGUAAUGCCCACAUGCUGUGUUUUAGUUUGCAUAGUAGAGCAGUGAAUUAAACUAUACUGACAUACAGUAGAAAAGGUAAGCCAAGGGAUGGCAUAGCACUGCUUGAGGGUGGCAAUGCUAACACAGCUCCAGGGAGCAUUGGUUUAGGAGCAUAUCUGAAAUGGUUGUACACUAGUGCAUGCAGUAUGAGAAACAAACAGUAUGAACUGGAAGUGUUGGUCAGUUCCCAGAGCUAUGAUGUCACUGGUAUUAGUGAGACUUGGUGGAAUGAAUCUCAAGACUAGAGUGUUGGAUGCAGGGCUAUAGGGAGUUCAGGAGGGAUAAGCAGGGCAGGCAAGGUGGAGGAGUUCCACUAUACGUAAGGGAGAGGUUUGACUGUACAGCCCUUACAGUUAGGGAUGAUGUGGUUGAGAGCCUUUGGGUGAGGAUUAGGAGGAUGGAAAACAAAGCAGAUGUUGUUGUGGGUGUCUACUAUUGUUCACUGAGCCAGGAUGAUAGCACUGAUGAUUGAUUCUAUGGGCAAUUAGGAGAAAUCUCUGGAUUGGUAGCCCUUGUAGUUAUGGGAGAUUUCAACUUCCCAGACAUCAACUGGGAAUACCACACCACUGUGACAAGCAAGUCUGGGGAAUUCCAGAAGUAUGUUGAAGAUAAUUUCUUGUCACAUGCACUCAGUGAGCCAACUAGGAAAGAUGCCCUCUUAGAUUUGUUGGUUUUGAAUAGAGGACUCAUGGGAGAUGUGAUGGUAGGUGGCUGUCUUGGCCACAGUGAUCAUGAAAUGGUUCAGUUUAAAUUUUUUGGCGUAAUGAGAAAAAAGGUCAGCAGAGUUGCUACCCUGGAUUCCAAGAGAGCAAACUUAAAGCUGCUCAGGGAGCUAGUUAGCAGUGUGCCCUUGGAAUCUGCUUUUGAGGUCUUAGGGAUCCAUGAGUGCUGGUCAGUUUUUAAGAACCACAUUUUAGAAGCACAGGAGCAGUCAAUCCCAUUGUGCCAAAAGUCAAGCAAGCAGGGCAGAAAACCAGCUUGGCUGAACAGGAAGCUCCUCUCAGACGUUAGGCAGAAAAGAAAUUGUAUGAUCUCCAGAAACAAGGUCAGGCUUCACAGGAAGAGUACAGAGCUGUGGUUCACAUGUGUCAGGAGAAAACACAAAAGGCCAAAGUUCAACUAGAGUUGAAACUGGCCAGUGUUGGGUCAGAUAAGAAAAAAUUAUUUUUUGCGUAUGUUAAGAGUAAGAGGAGGUCUAAAGAAGGUAUUGGACCAAUACUUCGUGAAGAUAGUCACCUGACAGACAGAGAUGAAGAAAAGGCAGAGGCCUUCAGUGCUUUUUUUUUGCCUCAGUCUUUAAUAAUACUCAAAGACCUUGGGCUGCCUGGUUCUCUGAGUUGGAGGACAUGUAGGAGCAGUGACUCUCCUUUUGUGGACACUGAAAUUGUAAAUGGCCACUUGCAUCAGCUGAAUCUUUGUAAGUCCCUGGGGCCUGACGGGAUUCAUCCCAGAGUACUGAAGGAGCUGGUAGAUGUUACAGCAGGACCCCUCUCAAUCAUCUACUAUAGGUCUUGGGAGUCUGGGGAGGUCCCUGCUGACUGGAAGCUAGCCACUAUUAUUCUAAUUUACCACAAGGGCAUGAGGGAAGACCCAGGGAACUACAGAACUGUUAGUCUAACCUGCAGACAGGGAGAUCGUUUACCAUUUACUGUCACAAAAACAGACUUGACUUGGGGAAGAGUAAUUUAUUGCCAACUAAAAAUAGAGUAGGGUGGUAAGAAACAAAGACAAAACUAAAAACACCUUUGCCCCACCCCUCCCUUCUUCCUAAGCUCAACUUCACUCCUUCAUUCCUGACUCUUCUACCUCCUCCCUCCCCAAGAAGUGCAGGGUGGGUAGGGAAUGGGGGUGGCAGUCAGCUUGUAAACCUUCAUCUCUGAUGCUUGUUCUUCUUCACACUGUUCCCCUGCUCCAGCAUGGGGUCCCUCCCAUGCGAUACAGUCCUUCAUGAACUGCUGCAGCAUGGUUCCUUCUCACAGGCUGCAGCUCUUCAAGAACUGCUCUAGCAUGGGUCCUUUCCAUGAAAGGAUCAUGGAAAAGGCUGCUCCAGUGUGGGUCUCUCAUGGGCCACAGUUCCUGCCAGGAACUUGCUCCUGUGUGGGCUCUCCAUGGGCUGCAGCUUCCUUCGGGUCACAUCCACCUGCUGUAGCAUGGGUGUCGUGUCUAGCGUUGUCCUCCAUGGGUUGCAGAGGGACAACCUGCUCCACCAUGGUCUUCCCCAUGGGCUGCAGGGGAAUCUGCUGCAGUGCGUGGAGCACCUCCUCCUGUCUUUCCCCACUAACCGUGGUGUCUGCAGAGCUCUUUCUGUCACAUUUUUCUUAUUCUUCUCUCUCACAGCUGCUACGUAGCGUUUUUUACCCUUUCUCAAAUCUGUUUUCACAGAGGUGCCAUCAGCUUUGCUGUUUGGCUCAGCAGUGUCCUGCGAUGGCUCUGUUUCGGAGCUAGCUGGAACUAGCUGUGUCUGGCAUUGGGGAAGCCCCUGGCUGCUUCUCACGGAGGCCAUCCCUGCAGCUUCCCCACUUGCCACAGAGAUCCAAUACAAUAUCAUAUGUCAUGUUUCCUCUUACAGGGCAUGUUAACUCUAGACAGUUUGAUGACAAACACAUUAGAUUGAAUUUCCAAGGGGAAAAAUGUCCAUGUUUCACCUUUAGCAUGUUACACAGUGGUUUGAUGUGUUCUUGUUCUGGCUCUCUUCUUCAAAGCUGUCAUCCUAUUCAGCUGCUCUAUACGUUUCUUCACGUUGUCCACACUUGAAUCAGUUUGGGUCAGACAGAAUUCCAAAGUGGAAGUACUUCUGUUUCUCUAACCAGUUCCAAAUUCCUACCUCUGUUUGCAGUGCUUUCAAAAAAAAAAAUCCAGGGUUGACCCUAUACUAUUGCACGCAUGACUUUGUUGCUUAUGGUUUGCAAAUACUCCAGUGGUCACAAUAGUCUGCAGGCAUUGUCUGCCACGUGUAUUAAAUAAACAAAAAUUAUAGUAGGUGACCUUUCAUAACAAACAAAUGAGUUCAUUGAGGCCAGCUUCACUCUUUCCUUACAUACCCUCUUAGGCUGCAUGGUUUAGAAAGUCACACAGGCAAAAGCCUCUUCAUAUUGUGAUAGUGUUCAUUUUCCCUUUAAAUAUUAUCUUCCCUCCAACUUUUAUCUUUCCUCCUCCAACUAUUAUCUUUCCUCCCUCCCCUUAGUUUUCAGUCAAGCUCAAAAAAAUAGCCUCACUUUUCUCCCCCACCUGCUUGAAUUCAAAUGUAGGCGAUAGUCAAUAUGGAUGAAAUAUCAGAAGAGCCCCUGCCAGCCUCUAGGCAGUUAUUUGUCCAUUUUUGCUUGUACAGUCCACUGGGUUACUGUCUGUAUUCUUUAUUCCCAGCCUUUGAAGAGACUAUGUUCUACUUGCAUUCUCACAGAUAGUCAGUCUACAGAAGUAUGAGGAGCAACGCACUUCAGUAAAAUGGUUAGAAUUUUGCACAUAGCUUUUGAUAGUCAUUCACUUCCCUUUAAAGAACAGUAUAUAUUUGGCCUGACUACUGUACACUUCUUUUGCAUAUCUGUCUGCUGUUCAGCAUGGAAGAAAAUCAUUGUGGGGAAAGAGAUUCUUGAUGUCUGCCAGUCGCAUGAUUAUAAGUUUUUACUUCUGAUCCUUAAAUAUUCCCUUGAAUAUACCAUAGAUGAGUACCUGAUCACUUGCCUUUGUGGUUUAGCUGCAUUUUCUGGAAUCUUGUUUGGAGAAGUGAAGGUUGGACAAGAAUGUGAGGGAUCCUUUGUGAAUGCCUGGGGCUUAUCACCAUGUGACUCUCAUAGGUUGCAAAGUUUCCAGCUUCUGCUCCUUGAGAGAUUCCAGUUCUGGCCAAUUUAGCGUUUAUAUAUAUGAGGCACAUACAUGUUGGCCUAAUAUAAAAUAAUCGUAUAGAUUAAAUUGAUUUUGUCAUUACAGAAUAUCUGUUGCUAAUGAGGCAAGAAUUAACACCAAAAUAAAGGUUGUUGGUGUGAUUGUGAGUGGAGGCACACUUCAAUUUUUUUCAGCGUUCUCUAAUAUAUGUUAGAAAAAAUAUAUUUAUUUUUAAAACUACUGCCAUUUGAAGUCAAAACUUUCAAAGUAACUAGUUAUUUUGAGCUGCGUUAUUUUUGAGGUGCAUUAAAGAGACCUGCCUUAUCUGAAAAUUCUAUACAGACAGAUAAUGUACACGCAAACAGAAGUUUUGCAUUGAAAAUCUUUGUCUAAUUUCUUUUUAACCUAUGAUAUGCAGCAGCCCACUGGGUAUAUAUUUCUUAUUUCCAAACAAAAUAUCAACUUAGCUUCUUUUCUUUUUGAUGUUGCCUGUCCCUAGGUGUGCCUUCCUUUCGGAGAAGAGGUUCUGGAUGAUAAAGCACAUACCUGAAUCAAAACACAAAAUGGUGUAAGAACAAGGGAGUAGAGUCCAAAGUGUCUUCAGUUCAUUUAGAAGGAACAGUAUGAGCCUUCAUAUGGCAACUUUGCCCAGUUCCUUCCAUGAACUUAGGAACACUGCAUCACAAAGAUGAGAUCCUUCAAAUUAGUGUUAAAGCCAAUGACAGAACGAAGACUUGGCUGUAAUGCAGGAAAAUUCAGUUCAAAUUUUUCAAAAGUAUUUUGUUGAGAAGAAGGGGUCUAUUUACAUGCAGGUUUGGGGGUGGGGUCUUUUUUCACCCCUUUGGAUAAUCAAGCUAUAAAAGUCUUAAUUUAGAUAAAACUUCUCAUACCAGCUAGGAGGAAUGAGUGAGGAGGGGUUGCACAGAGUGAUGGUAUGGUCAAAUGGGAAUUGAUUUUUUUUUAAGGAAAAAAAAAAAAGCAAACUUCAGUUAAGUAGUUGUAAGGCCAGGAUCAUUGAAGCAAUUUCUAUAUUUUUGGUUUGUAUUUUUAUGCCUCUCACACACAGUGUCUCUUGCAAAUUCAAUUAUUUGUAUUUGAAAGACAUCAGAAAUCAAGACAGCUGGUGAUAAGCUUCCCUGUAGUGGUCUGCAGGAGAUGUGGCAGAGAGAGAGUUUGGGAAAGAAGCUAUACUGAUUUGAUUUUUUGUUGUUGUAGGCAACCCCGUUGUGUUGAGACCCAGCUUUCUGGAAUAUGAGAUACUUACCUAUAAAGAGCACUAGCAGGUACAUUUUCAGAACAUAGGGGAAGUAGAUUGAAAAGGCGAAUGGAAAUGGUAGCUUGAUGGAGUAUGUGCCAAAGGAUUCAAAAUACGGCAGUGAAACACAAAUUGCAAAUGCUGUAAAAUAACAUGGUAAAUCUUUAGUUAAAAAGAGGUGGAAGAACAUCAAAAAGCUUCAUAUAAAAGUCAGUUACCUUUAAGGCAUAGACAGCUAUAUUAUAUGCUGAAUUUACCAUGUCAUUCAUAUGCAUAUGCACAUGUUGUUUUCUCCUUGAGUUCAGUUUUGUAGGUCUGAGGUGCUAAUUGCUCUUAGUACUAGAAUUAGCAAGUAUUUCCUAUUCAGUCACAAGUUCUGGUACUCCUGUAGUUGCACUGCUUUCAGUGUGAUCUCAGUGGGCACAUUUCCUGGUCUAAGUGAUCAGCUGCUAAGUAUGGCCUGAGCCAGUAAGGUCAGCCUCAGUGGGGGAGAAGGCAACUUUGGGACUUGCUGUCUAAUGUGGUCAGUCUGGAAUGGGGGAAUCCGUGUGUCUUUUGUGGGGGUAUUUUCCUGCUUUACCCAGAAAAAUGAAUGCUUUCCCAUACUGUUAAAAAACCAAACCAAACCAAAACCAGACACACAAACCCCAGAGAACCGCCAUUAAGGAAAAAAGCACAAAAAAAGAGAAAGACGGGUGACACACAGGUUAAUAUGAGAUUAUAUAAACAUUUAUGACUACUUUGGCAACAGAAAAAUAAAUAUCUUAAACACAAAUCACAAUUGAACUGAUCAAAUUUUACUGAAGAAGAUUAAGGAAGCAAGUAAUUGGUACCUUUCCCAUCUCCUUACCUUUAGCCAGAACUGAAAGGGGAUAGAGCGGGAUGCACAGUGAAAAGUUGAGCCAUGUCAGUGGUAGGUAGUAUAUUCCCAUCCUUGCUAACAUGUUGUAAGUGUACCUGCACCAAAAGGAACAGCAGAUGAGCUCAGAGAGAAUGAUCAUGUCUUUAAAAUAAAGAUACAUUCUUGAAAAAUCCAAGGGAGUUGCAGAAGAGCUUGGAGCUGCCUAUCAGAAAAUUUCAGAGCAAUACUGCAACAGUAUUGUUCAGCCUGUAAUUGAUGUCUGAAAGUAGAUGGUUCAUUGCUUUGGAAGGGUUGUCUGUGGUGCUACGCUAAAGCAGGCAGACAGCAAUACAGCCCUCCAGGCCAAAAGCUUUUAUCAGAAACCAGCACGAUUUCGUAUUGGUCUAUCAGAAAAUGGAUUUCAGAUAGGGAUAUUACAACUGAGAGGGGCAGGCAGAAUAUGACUGUUGCUUGGGACUGAGAAAAUCCUGAUUUAUGACUGCUGACCUAGCUAAACCACUGCUGGAGGAGGCUAAACAGCAAGGUAAUCACAGGUAUUUAAUCUGUAGUAUGGCUGCCCCUCCCUUGGGCUUUAGAAGGGGUAGUAGGUGCGAAAAAAGCAGUUGCCCUCCAAUGUUACUGCAGCGUUUUAUUCUUACUGUGGCUGUUAGUGUUGCUCACUGGGAGACCAGAAUGCCUAGGACUUCAGUCUCCAAAGGUGAGCUAAUCCUAGCUAGUUUGAUCUAAAAGUGGUACAGCAGCUUUCCAAACACCAGAGAAACAGGUCUGAUCGCAUUUUCGGUCAGCUGAAAGGCUUUUUGCCUUGUGGUCCUGCUAGAGAUAUGAAAAUAAGGAUUUUUAAGCCACUGUUAGCCAGGACUGUUUCAGACAGAUGGAACCAGCAUUAAACAAACUUUCUGUAUUCCCUUCUUAUUAAUUCAUGUGACUAAGUUUGCAUGAUUCCUGGACUGUAGAAGAGUUUGAUAGGCUAUAAAUGUAUCAUUUUCUCUCAAGUUUGCCCUCUGCCACCUUCAGGAUUGUCUCCAUUUUUUAUUAUUAUUGCUUUUAGGCAUACUCUCAACCCAAUACAAAAAGGAAACAGCUGCUCCAUCCCCUAUACACCUUCUUUGGCUGUUUGUAGUGUAAGCAGGAAAGAUCAGAUAUAGAAAACCUUGCAGAAUUUGCUCUCAGUAUAUCAUUAGCCAUAAUGCACAGGAUACUUAUGUCCCUGAAGAACUAUGUGGAAAAACUUCUAAUACUUCAAGACUAGUUGGCUCAGGGAUGGGAUAGAUUCCUGUACACUUUUAGACAUGACUGCUUCUUUGAGAUGCUAGGACAUGGCACAGAUGCUGUAAAAUAAAUUGGGUAAGAAUUCUAAAUCUGUAUGAGUUGUACUAUGCGUUAUUAUUUGAAUUGGUCAUUUGCUGCUGUAGACCACACUAUCUUGCCUAUUAAAGAGCUGCUGUUACUGCUA